AACGCGUCUGAACUACAAUUCCCGGCUUGCGUCGGAGGCUAGCAUCCGGCACAAUCUUUUCCCGGCAUUCUUUGUUUACUUCCGGGUUUAUGAAUACCGGAGAGAGAACGUGUGUCCAGGGUUUCGGUUGAGAGGCCAGACCAUUAAAGGGAGCUCGGCUACCUUCCACAGUGUGAGACCCAGCGCCCAGCGCCCGCUCCUGCAGCUUUCGUCUCCGCCAUGGCUGAGCUGAUCCAGAAGAAGCUACAGGGAGAAGUGGAGAAAUAUCAACAGCUACAGAAGGACUUGAGUAAAUCCAUGUCAGGGCGGCAGAAGCUUGAAGCACAACUAACAGAAAAUAAUAUCGUGAAGGAGGAACUGGCCUUGCUGGAUGGGUCCAACGUGGUCUUUAAACUUCUGGGUCCCGUGCUGGUCAAACAGGAGCUGGGGGAGGCUCGGGCCACAGUGGGGAAGAGACUGGACUAUAUCACAGCUGAAAUUAAGCGAUACGAAUCCCAGCUCCGGGACCUCGAGCGGCAGUCAGAGCAACAGAGAGAGACCCUUGCUCAGCUGCAGCAGGAGUUCCAGCGGGCCCAGGCGGCAAAGGCAGGGGCUCCUGGGAAGGCCUGACCCCAUGGUGGGGGGCAAGGGGGUAACCCAGGUAGCUCUAGGGUCUAUACUGCAGUUAAUAAAAUGUGAAAACACCUG